CAGCAAAUCACAGAUUCCUCGGCGCCGAGUAGCAGCAGCCUGCGGGAGUGACCAACCACACAGGCGACCACUAGACCCUCGCUAACUGCAGGUAUAUCAUGUACGUGACAGGCAGAUUCUCCCACCUUGUGGCCUUAGCCUUGUCGGUGCUGCUGUACGUUGCGGCGCCCACACCCGUCGCUGCCGAGGCGGGUAAUGACAUCACUGGAGACAUGCCUUCAACUGAGAGGUCGUGCAGCUGUUGCUACGCCACUCAGGCUCCUCGCUGUUGUAUGGAAUGUCUGGAGCCCACCUCGCAAGACUGGGCGUUAGUCGCGUCUCCUCACCUGUCCAUCCUUGUCGCUGGUGAAGGCGAGCGGUGGCUGACAGGUGAUAAAGCGGCACUUCAAGAGAAGCCGAGCUGGCAGGCCAUCACCCCCGUGCCCGAGUGUCUCUGCUGUGCCCGUGGCAUCCUGUCGCCUCAGCAUCUCAGCAGCAGGCAAGCUACGUCCCACUGCUGCUCCAAGUGCCAAGACCAUCAUGAUUCUGUCAACAGCGACGCCUCCGGAGACUUCGCCGUCUCCGCCAUGACCGUGUCUUCUACGCGUCCUCCCGCUGUCGCGCGCUCUCUGACCAAAAGUACAACGGAUGCUAGGAAAACCUUGUCCACCCAGGAUGGUACUGUGCAGAAGCGCACAAGCUUAGAGUGUAUGUGCUGCUCUAACGCUGGGAUUCGAGAGUGCUGCAGCAGAUGUCGCAUCAGGUUUUGACCUUUUUCAGAUGCGAUGCCAUGUCAGUCCUCUAGAAUAGAUGAUAGUAUUCAGAUGCUGUGCCAGUCCUCUUGAAGACAGUCCUCAGACACUGCACUAAUCUUCGGCUCACUGCCCAGAAUUGCGGCUGCAGGUCUCACUCUACACAAUCUUGAUGGAUUUUUCCUCUGAAUAAAUGUUA